AUGUCUUUUUUCUUCGGUGGCUACGUUGAAAAACAUGACAACAAGUUCUGGUGUCGGAUUUGUGGGGAAUGGUUCAGCAACCAGGAGAAAAUCUUGAAGCACUGCUCCAAUACCGACAAACAUGAAUGGUGUCCGACCUGUGAACGCGUUUUUAUGACCAACGACUCACUUCUUCAACACCAGGAAGAUUCUUUAAUGCACAAUAUCUGUUUUUUCUGUCCUGACCAACCCGACUUUUCAGAUGAUGACGAUCUCCAGAUUCACUUUGAAGACGACCACCAUCACUGUUUUGACUGCAACGAAGUUUUUGAUACCGAUGAGCUAUUAAGCGCACACAAUAUUGCAGAACAUCAUGGAUGCCCGAUUUGCGGUCGGGGAUUUAAUAGACGGCUUGCUCAGGAAUCGCAUAUGAGAUCUCACGCUCCUCGUGAAUUGAAAUGUCCUUAUUGUGACCGUGAAUCUGUACGCUUCUCCAGCUAUCUUCGCCAUCUCGAUUGCGGUCCCUGUGGAUCUGAGAAUCGAAUCUACAAACUUGCAUUCGAAGCACCUGGUGGGUACGAGAAAUUCUACGACACCAAAUGGCUCUGCAACGUCUGCUGUCGGCAAUUUGAUAAUCCAUCUGGACUUUUUUUCGCAUGCGGAGGCCAGUCAUGGUCCUUGCAAAGAUCUUCUUGGGCCGAAGGGAUGGCUCACAGCUUUGAAGGAUCACUUGAAAACGGCACUAUGAUUUGA